AUGAGGGGUGAUGACGGCUUGGAGAUAUCGGACAGUACAAAUAAGGCUGAGCACUUUUCUCAAUUUUUCCGAUCCGUAUUCACAAGAGAACCGGACUUUACCCCAUCUAAUUCUGAGAACAUGAGAGAUCCCACUAUCGAAAAUAUUGUGCUUCGAGAAGAGGCGAUUUUGGAAGAAUUAAAAAGCUUAAAGGAAUGUAAAUCUCCCGGUCCGGACGGGAUUCCAGCAAAGCUGCUCUUUGAGCUUGCCCAACAGCUGGCCAAGCCACUAUCCUUUCUGUGCCAAAAAUCGUCGGAUGCUGGAAUUCUUCCCACAGACUGGAAGACGGCCCAAAUUACACCCCUUUACAAAAGCGGUAGUCGUGCUCAGGCGACAAACUACAGACCCAUCAGUCUGACAUCAAUCUGCUGCAAAGUGAUGGAGAAAACCAUCAAAAAGGAGUUGAUGGCUUACUUGGAAACCCACAACCUCUUUUCCAAUGCACAAUAUGGUUUCCGUAGGGGAAGCUCAUGUGUUACGAACUUGCUAUACACAAUGAAAAGUUGGACACGAGCACUGGACGCAAAACACACCGUGCAUGUUGCCUAUAUUGAUUUCCGGAAGGCGUUUGACAGUGUUCCGCACCAGCUUCUCCUACAAAAGUUGAGAAUUAUGGGCAUCGGUGGCAAACUUCUCAAAUGGAUCGAAAAUUCCAUUGUCGGCCGCUCCCAAAUUGUCUGCGUAGAACAACAGCAAUCAAGGUGCACAUUCAUUGAGAGUGGGGUCCCACAAGUCUCGGUGCUCGGACCAACUCUCUUUCUCUUGUUCAUCAGUGAUUGCGUAGAUGGUUUGGACUGUGAUUGCGCUAUGUUUGCGGAUGACAUAAAAAUCUGGAAAGUCAUCCAGAAUGCUGCCAAUGAGACCAACUUCCAAGAAAAUCUUUGUCGGUUGGACGAGUGGUCCCGCAGAUGGCUCUUGUCCUUCAAUUUGAACAAAUGCACCAUUCUGCGCCUCUGA